CUCGGAUAAAAUGUUUGCGUGUAUAUUCUUCAACGAAGAUGCCAGUCUUAGUGUUGUUGGGAAAAACAACAAGAGUUUAAAACUUGUAAGUGACGACUGGGAACCACGAGGAAAGGUUGAAAUGUACUGGCCAGGAAAAGUCGCGGGACAACGAUCCCUUUAUCAUGGAACCAUAAUCAAAGUUGGGGACGAAGAAAAUUUGAACAAAUUUGCAACACUUGCUUAUUCAAAAAUCUUGAAAAAGCAGAAGGGGCUAAAUGAUGUUCCAGAGGAGCUGUUUUCUUUUGAAAUGAGUUCAGACGAAAGUUUCGAAAAAAGACAUAGGUGUAAAACUAAAAAGAUGCAGGAGUCAGAGGAGCAAGAGGACACGCUGAGUCCCAAAAAGAAGAAGAAGAAAGAUGAUGGAAAAAAGGAAGGUUCCAAGGAAAACAAAGAUGAAGAGAAGGAAAAGAAGAAGGAAAAUUCAUCAAAAAAACAGCCAGAAAAACAAAAAAAAGUGUCCAAAAAACUGGAAGCUCUGCCUGAAGGAUUAAGGACCUUGCAGAACAAAUAUUGCAGCGAUCUCUUUGGUCAAUUUUCUACAUCUGUCCCAGCAACCUUGCCAGAAACUGACGGCAUAUUUUCUGUCUCCAACUUUAACUUGAUUGACCCAGAGAGUACCCUUUCAGAGCCAGCCUUACCAGUGUUAAAGCCCACUGCAUCCAAGACACCUGUUGACCCAAAGAGUACCAAUUCAGAGCCUGCCUUACCAGUGUUAAAGCCCACUGCAUCCAAGACACCUGUUGACCCAGAGAGUACCCCUUCAGAGCUGGCCUUACCAGUGUUAAAGCCCACUGCAUCCAAGACAUCUGUUGAAAAAAGGUCCGUACCAUUGUCAACAUCUGCAUCAUCUCUAACCAUGACAGAUACAUGGGAGGUCUGCAUGAAUGCAGUUAAUGCAACAGCUACAUCAGACCAUGAAUCAAUGCAGUCACUAACGAGGCCUAACAUCUCAGCUUUUUCUCAAGUGCCUAUUCCAUCUGGUGAGGUACUGCAGGUCCUGGAGGGACUAAUGAAACCAGAAGUCCAGCUUUACAUUAGAGACUUAGUCCACUUUGUAAAGCAAAAUAAACCACAGAACUCAUUUGAGAACACCAGUGGUGACCAGCAGAGUUGGGAGCAGACUGGACAUCACCAUGACUUCACCGCACCUUACAGACAAAUUGAGUCUCAUUACAGCAAUCCUGGGGUAUCACUUGUUACUAAUUUUUAUUAUUGGGGUUCUUAUGAGUAUCCUUGGGGUUCCUAGGGGUAUCCUUUGGAUACUUGGAGGUGACCCUUGGAUUCCAGUGAGAUCCCUUCGGUAUUAAUAGCUAUUAAUUUCUAUCAUUGGGGGUACCUUGGGGUGAGCCUUGGAUUUGAAUGAGACCCCUGGAUUUUCAGUGGUUAAUAAUUUCUAUCAUUGGGGUUCGUAGGGGUAUCCUAGGGUUUCCUUGGGGUGUCCUUGGGGUACUAAGAGGUGAUCCGUGAACUCAAAUGAGACCCCUUGGGUAUUAAUAGUUAUUAAUUUCUAUCAUUGGGGUUCCUUGGGGUUAAAUGACUCACCCCCGCCUGUAUAAUAAAAUUUUCCGGCUGAGAUUUCCGUCUUUAAUUCCCCCAUAUUCUCCCCUAGGAGCUUGAUUAGCCUAGUACCCGAGGCCUUCCGAGUGCACUCGGAAGGCCUCGGGUACUAGGCUAGAGCUAGUUAAUAUCAAAAUCCUUAUUGUUUAUGUGUUUGAAAAUAUGGCAUCAAAAUAGUAACACGUCAAUGACCCAGAUCAACGGAGUCUUGGUAAAAUGGGUAGGCAAACCCGGUCCGGGGCAAAAUAAAAGCCGGGGCAGAUCAAUAUUUUUCAAUUUUCUUUGUGAACAAUCAACCAAUCUCAAUGAAAUUUUCAGGAUAUGUCACCAAUCAGUAUAACUGUAUUCGCUCUAAAUAUUUCUGCAAAACAAUGAGUAUUUAGAAAUUUAUCGACGAUUGUUGAUUUCCAAGUUGGUAAAAUGGGUAGGCAAACCCGGGUCGACAUUUUACGGUUUUGUGGACUUAUUUAAGAAAAAAAUGAACAUUUUACGUUCCGUAAUAGCUGCGUGUCUAUGUUAUUCCACAUGGAUAUUAUUUAUGUUAUAUUAAUGUUACUUUUCAUUACAAUAAUUCACAUAAUUAGAGAAUAAAGAUUACAGAUACUGUGCCUUAAUUUUAAUAUUAA